AUGGUGUCUGCAGUGGUAGAGAAAAUGGCGUUCAGACGACAUGAUCCCCAGGCCGAGCUGCGGAUCCCCACCGUCCCAAACUUCCCUUUAUCAUCACCCAUCACCGAAGAGGUUGCCAGCCCAACUUCGUCAUCAUCCGAUGAGCGGGACUUGGAAAGGACUCGCCCAUUCGAAUAUCUGUCGAAAGUUAACAGUCGAAACCCUUUCGUUCGGAAAGCCGAGUAUGAACGAAGCAAUCAGCUGCAGACCGGUGCAUACGAUCUCCAAAAUGGGCACCAAAGCAGCGAGUCCGGUCUCAGGUCGCUUGCAGCGAAGAACAAAAGUGAAAAGCCAGUGGGGUUGAACCUGGUGACUGAUUUCUCGGCACACCCCAGCGCUCAAGCAAAGACGACAGAACCGCCGUUGAUGGAUUUGAACGAUCUGAAGAUACUUUCGGAGGAGCGAGAGAAGGAGAGAACCACACAGAAGAUUAAGGGGAUCUUGAAGAAAAGAAACAAUCAGGAUCUUCAGCACCUUCAGGAAGACACCUCCAACACAACAAAGAGGCGGUCUACUUGGGUCGAUAUGACGCCUAGAAUAUCGUCGAAAAAGAAAUACAAGGACGAGCUAUCGCCGUCCGAUCGACCCAUAAUGAUUGGAUUCAGCAUGCCCUUUGACGGAUCCCCGGACUCGCAGAAUGGGAAACCGCGGGAGCUCGACAUCGGGGAAUGUCAGCGGACGCCUCUCACGCCUUCGAUCGUGGUCACGCCAGCAAAGGAAGAUGGCUUCUGGACUGGACUGACUCCCGACCACCACCGUCCGAGAGCGACUUCGAGCAUAUACUCUCAACCAACUCCCUGUUUGGAGGAUAGCGAAACCCCGGUACCACCUGUUCCAGCCAUUCCCGCCCAGCACGCAGCGGCCAAGAACGAAAUCAUCAGCCCCAAAUCUCCCCGCAGACAGUCUCUGGCAUCAACUAGAAAGCACCGGUCGUUCUCUGCAGGCACAGUAUUCGAAGAAGAUGAGAUAUCACGACCUGGUGCUCGUUCUCGGUCAUACUCAAGUAGCAGCGUCAAACUGGCUUUCGAUCGAUUGAGUGGCAUCGAUGGAGUCAGUCGUCUGAGCGUCAAUACUGAAUACGAUCGGCACCAGUCGCAAGGGUGGUGGACAUACCUUCUUUCGCCGUUACUAGGUCGAUCCAGCACAAUCUCUAGCAGGAGAGCCCCUACCGAAGCGGAUCGGCCUCCGGUUCCAGCCCUCAAAACCAAUCUAUCAGAGUCGAGUGACGAAUGGUGGGAAAAGGAGGUCUCAUGCUUCUCACCAGAAACCCCGGAGACCGCCGGGGUCACCCGAGGGGAGGUAGCUAGCUGGCAAAACUGCGACACCAAUCCAUUUGCGGAUUUCAACUCGAUAACGGACCCUCAAGCUGAACCAUUGGGGGACAGUAAUGCUACAUCGUUCAUCUUUCCCGGACGCGCGAUCCAAGGCUCAGCGGCCGAGUAUUAUCAAGCGUGUGCCCACGAACUGUUCAGCGGCCGAUCUUACUUUGAAUGCGUUAGCCAUGUCUGUUCCAUUACGCCUAAGGAUAUGAUACCGGUCUCAGAACCAGUCGCAGCUGCGGAUGGCACGGUGAAUGAAAAGGGUCUUCUAAUAGACGUCGACGAUAUGCCCCGGUCCGAACGGCAAGAAGAUAGAAGAAGCUCUUUGGCGCCCACAUCGGUUUCCAAGACCUGCUCCUGUGGUGCAUCAGUCGCAACUGAUGGAUCAGCUGCCCCGAGUCGCAGCCCAAGACAAAAUGACCCUCCUAAGGAGAGUAUAUCAGAAACCCCAAAGAUCGAUUCCCCAGAGCCGCAGGCUAGAGGAGUUAUACCAGACACGGCAGAUGAUGACACCACUCCCAUUGAAAGCUCACCAGAACCAUCCAGGCAUGGUACUCCGGCCCCCGAGCCACAGGCCAGGGGAGGCAUGGAAAAAGCACCGCCAGUAGACUACGAGAACGAGAAGCAUCAGUCGUUUAAUCCUUUCGUCCAACAGCAACCAGCUGCUGUAUCGCAACCGCCGCCAGUCACACAUGUCUAUAUCCAGCAAGCUCCAGCCCCAAUUCCGGCACCAGCUCCCGUCGUCACUGCCGAGAGAACUAUUCCCCAAUACCUAAUGAUACUUCCCCCUCAUCAUGAAGCGCAGCCGCCGCAGCCACAACGUCCUGAUCCCAUCUCACCAGGGUUUCAACAAGCAACGGAGGGGUCAGGUUCCAUUCCAUUAGGUGAUAUGGAUAACAGUCCAGCACCUGCGUACACAGCCUCUCGCAACGAUCCCGCUACCCUUCCGCCGCGCAUCGAACCCGCGCCCAUAACACGAGAGGCAACGACAAAUCCCUUUGCAGAGAGGGAAAGGAUUGAAUCCCGGCGAAGAAGGCAUGAAAAGGAAGAAGCACUCGGUAAGAAGGCUGGCGGAUUGUGGCGUGGGAGGGGAUGUAUUACCAACAAAGGUUGCUUUGGAAGAUCCGGACGCGAAGGUCGGCUAAAGCGACGAUGGUACCUGGCAAUUGCUGCCUUCUUCCUCGCCAUUGUCAUAGUCGCCAUCGUCCUUGCCACUGUACUCACCAGAAAGGGUGAUGCAACGCCGGUUCAAUCGCAGUGGCUGAAUCUGACCGGGUAUCCACCGAUGCCCACGGGCAUUGCAACGGUUGCCGCCCCCGAGCCCAGAGUGCAGAAUUCGGGAUGCAUUACACCUGCUUCUCUUUGGAGCUGUGCCUUGCCGAAAGAGCAGCAAGAUGCCAAUAAGCCCUAUCCUGCCAACCAGCCUAAUUUUCGAGUGGAAAUUCGAUUUCGCAAUGGCACCUAUCCGAACAGUACCACUGUAGCGUCAAACCAUACCAAAAGGCUCGCCCCAAGGAUUCCUAGAUCAUUCGACUCUUCUCCGUCUCCGCCAGACAUGAAGGAACAGACUUUCCUCGGAAACACCACGGAUAACAACACUACCCCUUACGCCGGCGAGGAAACUCCCUUCUACAUGACCAUUCUAUCUCCCGUGCCUCUCUCAACAAUCCGACGUGUGCGCCGAUCCGACGACUCGUUCCCAGAUCUGGAAUCGCUAAUCCCGUCCCCGGACGUGGACUCUGACGGGACCGCCGCCGCGGCGAAUCUGUAUCCUCUCCCUGAAUCACAGCCCGUGCGGCUCUACAAUCGAGGGCAAGAUAGCGAGCACUACGGCUUCUACACAUACUUCGAUCGUUCAAUCUUCCUUUCCUCAUCCAGCCCCCUAGACGGCAGCAAGUCAAAUCCCAAAGGCGACGACCACGGCGGCUCCAGCAAAACAAAGGCUCACGUCCGAUGCACCUGGGCACAGACGCGGUUCCUCGUUCAAAUUUGGACCCAACCAGGACGAUCCGGCAAGACUCUCCUGAGCAGCAAUAAUAGUUCUACCUCCGCCUCCGCAUCUGCAUCCGCCACGCCGACAGCUACCGCCGGAUCCCCCUCCAGCACCACCAACUCAUCCGCAAGCGACUUCACCCGUCCCGGCUCCUUCCCGUACCCCGUCACUAUCACGCUCGACCGACACGGCGGCGAAGUCAAGAAGAAGAUGCUCUACUGCUACGGCAUGGAAACAGACCUGCAUAUCAACGGGACGGAGAAGAAGCUACAACUCGAGGAUCGCCACUUCGGCGGUCUGCUUGUCAAUCCGGCGCCGGGCAUCUUCAACACGAGCCGUUCGGCGAGUGACAGUGAUCAGGAUCUUGGGGGGUAUGAUGGCGGGACGGGAGGGUGUUCUUGUCAGUGGGCGAAUUGGGUUUCGAAAAGCUAG